GAACUCGAACGUAACCGUCGAUUUCUCGAUCGACGGUGAGGGUUGCUGAUCUCCACCACUCCCCGACAAUCGUGACUCCACCGUCGCCACCGUCCGGAUCAAAGCCGAUACCGGCUUCAUCCAGCCGCCGCCGCCGCCGAAUUCUGAAACCCGAAACCCCAACGCCGCCGCCGGAGAUGGCAGCGUACCUGAGCAUGGGCGAGGCGCACCGCCGCAUCGGCGACUACCUCUCCCGCGUGGUCGACGCUAUCUCCUCGUCGGACGGCGCUGCGCUCGCCUCCCUCGUCGCCGUCUCCUCCGCGCCUGGUUCCACCCUUCUCUCCGACGCCCUCGCCGCCUUCCCCGACUUCCCACGCCUCGCCGGCGACCGCUUCCCGCACCUCGCCGACCUCCUCGUACCGCUGCUCCGCGCCAUCCACUCCCACUCCCUCCAGCGUUUCGCCGACGCCUACUCCUCGUUCGAGAAGGCCGCCAACGCAUUCCUGCAGGAGUUCAGGAACUGGGAGACACCGUGGGCGAUGGAGGCGAUGCACACUGUGGCUCUCGAGAUCAGGCUGCUCGCCGAGAAGGCAGAUAGGGAGCUUACGACGACCGGAAAGAACCCUGACAAGCUCCAGGCAGCUGGGUCCUUCCUGAUGAAAGUUUUCGGUGCACUAGCGGUGAAAGGACCUAAGCGUAUUGGAGCACUCUAUGUUACCUGCCAGCUAUUCAAAAUUUACUUCAGGCUCGGAACAGUAAACCUUUGUCGUAGUGUCAUAAGAAGUAUCGAAACUGCCAGGAAUUUUGAUUUUGAAGAUUUUCCGGUGAAAGACAAGGUCACUUACAUGUAUUACACUGGGCGCUUGGAGGUGUUCAACGAGAACUUUCUUGUCGCAGAUCAGAAGCUAACUUAUGCUUUGAUGCAUUGCAAUCCUCAAAGCGAAUCAAAUUUGAGGAGAAUUUUGAAGUUUCUUAUCCCCGUAAAGCUUUCAAUAGGUGUACUGCCAAAAAGGACCCUUCUGGAGAGAUACAAUCUGCUUGAGUAUGCAGAUGUUAUGACUUCACUUAAGACGGGGGAUCUCAGGCUUCUCAGGCAAGCCCUAGACAGGCAUGAAGACCAAUUUUUGAAAUCUGGUGUCUACCUUGUAUUGGAGAAACUCGAACUUCAGGUCUAUCAGAGACUAGUUAAGAAAAUCCAUAUCAUUCAGAGGCAGAAGGAACCAGCCAAGGCACAUCAAAUUAAGCUAGACGUUGUGGUAAAAGCUCUGAAAUGGCUUGAGAUCGACAUGGAUGUGGAUGAGGUGGAGUGUAUCAUGGCAUGCCUCAUAUACAAGAACCUCAUAAAAGGUUACUUUGCUCACAAGAGCAAGGUCCUUGUCCUGAGCAAACAAGACCCCUUCCCGAAGCUGAACGGGAAGCCCGUUUAAUCGCAGGAUCGUUAAUGACCAUCUUGUAAUUCUCGUGAAUUUGCUCACAGAUUAAUGUUUGGGAGACGUCUUUUUCGCAGUAACUGAAACGCUUGUCUGACAAAAACACUCUCGGAUGUAACAUGUAUCGAUGUAUCAUUGUUGGCCGUCAAUUUGGGGGCGAUGGUUUCCCUUACACUUUGCACCCU